AUGGCGGGGUUCUUCCAGAAGUUGAAAGGGGCCGGACCCGGUGCCUCCAAAGCCGACAAUACCGCGUCGACAAAGAAUAAGAAAGACGAGCCUCAGCGAGACCAAACGCCGCUCGAAAAACUGUUGCACAAUGCCGGCCCUGUCCGUGAAGACGGCAGUGAUAAGUUCUUCGGGUUAGAAAAUUUUGGGAACACAUGUUAUUGCAAUUCUAUCGUUCAGGCGCUAUACCACUCAGAGCAAUUUCGACAACAUGUUGUCAAUUACCCUCCAUCUCCCCCGGGAGAGGAGUUGAAUGGGAGCCAGCACACCGUCAACUUUACGAUACGGCCUCCACCACAGCCGGACGCGAACGGAACUGCUUCCGGGCUAAAUAAACACCGACCAUCAUUUGGUGCCGGGACAUUAGCACCCCCGAUGCCACCAUUACGCCCCGAAGACAAGCCCGAUUCGCCCGAGUACAAAAAGAAGCAGGCUAUGCUCAAGGGCCCGAUCUUUGAUCUAGCGCAAGAAAACGCGGGUCCUUAUGGCAUGGAAGAAUGCACCUUUACCGGCCUCCGGGACAUCUUCACGACUUUCAUCCACAGCCCUUCGAGGACAGGAGUGUUGAGCCCUCAGAGAUUCUUAGAUAUUUUCAAACGAAACAACGAAAUGUUCCGCAACUCAAUGCACCAAGAUGCUCACGAGUUCUACGGCAUUGUUCUCAACGACGUUAUUGCGACCGUGGAAGCCAACGCUAGGCGGACGCAAGAGGCAGCAGACAGCCAAAGGAAGGACGGCACGCUGCAAACUGCUGACCUUGCCUCAUCAAAUCCCGGGGCUGCUUUAGCAGCACGGACGGCAGGGGCGGGCUGGGUCCACGACAUUUUCGAGGGUGUGCUGACCUCGGAGACUAGGUGCUUGACUUGUGAAACCGCAUCACAACGGGACGAGACAUUUCUGGAUCUCUCCAUUGAUCUGGAGGAACAUUCGUCUGUGACGUCGUGCUUGCAGAGUUUCUCGGCCGAGGAAAUGCUGUGUGAGCGGAACAAGUUCCACUGCGACCAUUGUGGAGGAUUGCAGGAAGCCGAAAAGCGAAUGAAGGUCAAGAAACUGCCAAAGGUCCUUGCGCUACACCUGAAACGGUUCAAGUACACCGAGGACUACAGCAGGCUGCAAAAGCUAUUUCACCGAGUUGUUUACCCUUACCACCUCCGAAUGUUCAACACGACCGACGAUGCCGAGGAUCCCGACAGGAUGUAUGAGCUGUACGCAGUGGUUGUGCACAUUGGGGGUAAUGCCUACCAUGGGCACUAUAUCGCUGUUAUCAAGACAAAGGACCGAGGGUGGUUGCUUUUCGACGACGAGAUGGUGGAGCCGGUGGACAAGAAUUUCGUGCGGAACUUCUUUGGCGACAAACCGGGAAUGGCGUGCGCCUAUGUGUUAUUCUACCAGGAGACGACGUUUGAGAAGGUGCGGGAAGAGAUGGACGCAGAGGGUAUGGACCAAGUGAAGCAGGCCGCACAAACAGCAGACCUCGCCUCUACUACCGAGACCAACGGAACCAGCUCGGCUAUCCUCUCGAAAUACAACUCCCAACCCUUGCCCCCACUCGAUGAGAACGAAACCCUUGCGGCCCUUGACCAAACGAAGUCAACUCCGAUUGAGGUUGAAGCAGCUGCUCCCAGCAGCUUGAAUGGCCAUCUACCUGGGCCGCUCUCACCGUCGGAGGCUCACCAAUUAGUCGUGGCACCGUCCCCCGGCUCUGCGGUUAUAACUGAGGCGGACAAGGCUGCCACAGCACCGCCGAAGUCUGAGAAGCAAAUUGCGAAGGAGAAGAAGGAGCUGAAGGCGAGGGAGAAAGCGGAAGAGAAGGCACGAAAAGCGGCAGAAAAGGAACAAGCGCGUAUCGCGGCAAAGGAACGGUUUGAAACGAAUCAAAAAAACCGCGAGGCGCUCCGUCUCGAACGCGAGCAAUUACACAAGGCGAUUCAAGAAAGCAAGGAAUUAGCUGCAGAAGAGGAAAAGCGGCAAAAGAGAGAAGCCGCUACCGCGACCGAUACUGCUACCUCCUCUGAUGCGGGCGGUGGUGAUGACAACAACUGGAAUGGCUUCCUGAACCGCGCUCACCGGUCAAGCAAAUCAAUGCCUCGGAAGUCCAUGACCCGCAGGAGCUUCGCCUUCCUCCACAUCGGCCAGAACAAAGACGACGGCAAAAACGGGGAGGCCAAAGGCGACAAGGUCGACCACAGCGAAGAGAACGGAAACCAAAGCGAUUUGGGCGAGACCAAUGCGGCCACCAAUGGCGCAGUAAACGGCGCCCCCCACAGCCAUCAGAACGGAAGCAAUGCUACCAGUCAGGUACUUCUUAGCGGACAAGGUAGUGAGGAGGCAAUACGGGAAGUGUCUCGCCCUGGGACCUCGGUUGAUGCUGAUGUUAUUGGCCCACUGCGGAGCGAGGAUCCCAAGCGGGUCAAGAAAGAAAAGGAAAAGGAGAACCAGAAACCGCCACUCAAGGACAGGUUCAGUUUUGGGUUGGGGAAAAAGAAAAGCAGCAAGUUCUUGUCUUCGUCUUAG